GGAGUAGACUUCUAAGAGUUGGGAUAAAGGGGAGGUAGUGUGGGUAGUGUAAACAUGUACAAGUAGACAGUGACAGACCCGCAUUUCUGCCAGACGUAGAAGUGCGACGAUCACUUCCUUGCUUUUGUGCUUGUACCUGAGAUGAACAAACCGAAAAAACAUGCCAGUCGGAAUGAAAGCUGUCAUGGAACAGCAGGAGCACUGGUGGGCGGAAAAAAUGAGCGGAAAUGCUAGCAGAAGCCCAGUCGACGCCCUGGCCACGACCGCGACAGGUUCGGUGAUGAAGUCAUGGGCCGUCCUCGCCGUCGAAAGCCUCGUCGGAUGUUCGAGGAAGACGCCCGGAAAUAAAAGAACGUUCUUCGUGUCGCAACCACUGGGCGGGGACAACUGGAAGACGCUAGUACAACGCGAAGUAGAACCUCCUGAACUACAUGGUGCGCCGAGCCACAGUCUGUCUCUCCUGUCAGGGCAAAAAAACAGCAGCAGCAGCAGCAGAGUGCGAAUCAAGUUAAACGACUUCUCGAAAAAAAACGAGAUAUUUUUGUCGGUAGUUUCAAAAAGAAGUCGGUCGUCUACCGCGUUCAUGGACAGCGACACAAUGCAGACUGCGGACGAGAACUCGAGUGAUACGAAGGCUGGCCCCGAUGAUGCGGUGGACGAAACGACUUAUGAUCCGCGAGAAAAUAAAAGCUAGCAUUUGAAAUGUGUUUAUUUUGCAACGAUGAAUGAGUAGUCUCGCCCAUGUUUGCAACAGACACAGAGGAUAGCAGUACCUAGGAGGGCAAACGUGUUGACUUCUAGCUAGCUUUUUUCUCUCUUACACGCCCGGAAAGCUGCUGAAAGAGGAGAUGGAGAGCGCCGAGGAGGAUAUGACAGACGAGCAGAAGGAAAAAAUUGAAGAGGAGAAGAAGAACCUGACGCCGGAGCAGAAAGAGCAGUUUGAGAAGCAGAAGAAAAUGAUGACGCCGGAGGGGCAGGCAGAGCUGAUGGGGAAAAAGGAGGAGGAGGACCAAGCGCCGCCCCCGCCGCCGCCCCCGCCACCACCGAAGGACGCGGAGUGGACGGAGGAAGAGAUUGACGCUUUCAUGGCGCAGAACGGCAUGGACCCCAACGCCGACCCGGGGAACCAGCCUAUCCCCCUGGACCGGGAGGCGAACCCGCAUGCGGACGACGGCAUUCGGCCCCGCGCACCCGCGGUGUCGCCGGACGUGCUGCGGCCGAACGAGCCGGACCUGACGGACAUGCGGUUUCUCGAGGCGGAGGAGGCAAAACUGGUGGGCGGCGGUUUGCCCCUCCCGCGCGUGGCCAGCACGAAGCCCUCGCUCCGGCAAGAGCACCACACCUUUCUGGAAAACAUUCGGCGCGCGCAGGGCCGCCCGGAAAGUUUUGCCAAGCCCGUCAUGAAGCCGAGGAUGCCCUUCAAGAUCGUGCCGCACAAGCCCAAGUCCACGGCGAAACUCGCGGACCAGCUACAACAGCUCCAGGACGCGCGGGAACAGGCGGAAGCGACGAAGCGCUUCGUGCAGGAAAAAAUGGAGGAGGCGCAGGAGGAGGAAAACGACGGCGACAGUGGGGUGCAGGGGGCGCCGCAGAGCUACUAGAAGGAGCAUAGAAGAAACGUUGUUGAUGAUGAUGUUGUGUUUUUUGCAGUCGAAGAAACCGUCUCAGUCUCUCUCUGAUAAAGUCAAUGUAUCCAGCAAACAAGAAUGAACACG